AUGGGACUUUCAUCUCUGAUACAUCCACAUGAACUCUAUGGAGAUGGUGGCCUUUCGAUAGGAUUGAUGUUUUGUAGCGUUCUACACAUUUUACUAUGCUUCGUGCUUCUUGGUGUGUGUGCAUCCGAUUUCCUCUGCCCGAAUGUUGCAAAGAUUACAGAUUCAAGUGGUAAUUUGAGGUCAAAUAGUACCAGAACAGGUAUGCUGAUGGCUAUUAUUUUAUCCUGGUGUAAUUCUUCCCCAGACCUUUUCUCUAAUUUAAUGAGUUGGACAAGCAGCUCCGAUGAAUCAUUCAAUGUGGCUGCCAAUCUAUCAGUGGGGGAAGUAUUAGGUGCGUGUGGGAUCAUAUUAUGUGUUGUUGUGGGCUCUAUAUUCUUCUUAAUGGGUGAUGUUACAAUUGAAAUUACCACACCCCAGAGAAUCAAUAUACUGUAUGAUUUAUUCUACACCUGGUUGGCUCUAACAAUGAUGCUUUAUGUCACAUUGAGAGAUUCUAUUACAAUAUGGAAUUGUUUCUCUAUGCUUUCAAUAUACGUGGGUUAUAUUUUACAUAAGAUUAAAUUCUCUAGGUGGAACUCUCAUGAUUCAGAAUCUAGUGAUGUGAACCAGUUAGAAGAAGGGGCUGUCGAUGGCAUUCAAAGGGAAUAUCAGACAUUUGGUGGUCUAGAAUCCACAUUAAAACCAAAUGUUCUGGCACCAAUGGAUUUUAACAGUCUCUUGUCCAUGUUAGAAAACUCAACGUCCCCCGAUGCCGAAUUGCAAAGUAUAAGAAACGAGCUCCAAAGCUCUACAAGUCACAGUGAUUCUCAUGAGAGACCAUUUUCAGAUCCUAAUCCUCAAGUUAACAGUCAGAUGAUGGGAGAAAGACAAACACAGAGCUCGCCAAUUGAAUUUGGUCGCUACUAUGAUAAUCCAGAAGAUCAUCGCAGUGAUGCACAGAAUAUAAUACAAAGGGAGCUAAGUACAGCACAGUCAAUUAUAGAUGCUGCUGAUGAGAGAAGAUUUUUAAAAAUAGCCGAAAAAUACUUUUUGAAGGUAGUACCUCACAUGAAAUCAUAUUCUAAGAAAACGGUUCCUGAUCAAAUCAUAUCUACUUUGAUCGUCCCGUUCGUUUUAUUGUUCAGGCUAACUUGCCCUCAGCCUGAUGAUAUACUUGAAUAUAGUGAAAAAACGGGGACUUUUAAAUACAAAAAAUCCACUUUGUCGGUAUUGCUGUUACAAUUAGUGUUCUCCCCCGUGUUGACAUAUUUAUUAAUAUCAAGUUUAUUAGAGAGGUCAAUGUGGUCCCCCUUUCUUAUUUUACCGGGAUUAUUUUCUUUCACAUGUGCUGUACUCGUGAUUCAAUUUAGUCGAAGUUUAUCUCAGUUCAAUAGAUUUUCUUUAGUGCUAACUGAGUCACUAGGAAGUAACAAUGACGAAGAGUUAAGGAAAAGAAGAGAAUUGAUCUCGUAUAGCGAUCUUCUCAAAUUUAUUCUGCUAACUUUUGGUAUAGUCAAUUCGAUUUUGUGGAUAUCUUCUACUGCUAAUUCAGUGAUAGAAAUUCUUGAACUAUAUCAAAAGCAAUCGGGUAUCUCUCCUGCUAUCCUUGGUUUAACUGUGUUUGCAUGGGGAAAUUCCAUCAGUGAUCUGAUCUCCAAUAUUGCUAUGUGCAAGCUUUAUAAGAAAAUGCCGCAUGGUGACAGUGAUAUAACUCUCGUUGCAACCAAGUUUUUUAUGAUAGCAUGCACUUCUUGUAUUGGUGGUGUGUUACUAAAUUCAAUGGUAGGUAUUGGGUUUAGUGGUUUAAUCUCUAUGCUAUUUGUACACAAAGGUCAAGGAAAUUGGUGGUUCCAGAGACAGGCAAACCUAGAUACAACAAAAACUAACAAUCUAAAGUUUUUGGUGUGCAGUUUGGUAUUGGAGUUCCAAUGUGCAUUUCUGGUUUGCAUUUUUGCUUCUAAGGGUCGGCUACGAGAAGUUCUUUCUAAAAACAUGAAAUAUUUAGGAAUUACUAUGUGUUCAUUGUGGGCUCUGGCUACUUUAAUGAUAACUAUCUUGGAAAUUGCGUGA